GACUAUUUAACCGGAAACUGAAGCAAUGAUUUUAACAUUCGUGUUCGACAAAAAUGAAGUCUAUAAUCUUCUCGUUGGUUUGUUGUUUUGCCUGCAUUGCUGGCCAGGAACUAAUUUCCGUCGCGCUGGUUUACAGACAUGGAGACAGGACACCCUCAGACUUCUACGAAAACGACCCCUACUCGAAUAUAACUUUGUGGCCUGAGGGAAUAGAACAACUAACUAACGAGGGCAAAAUGCGCCAGUACAACUUGGGACAAUGGCUGAGAAACAGAUACUCCAAGUGGCUGCCAGAAAAGUACAACCCAAAGGAUAUUCUGGUGAUGAGCGACGACGUGGAUCGUACGAUCAUGUCAGCACUUGCUAAUCUGGCAGGUUUGUACCCGCCCCAAAAUGACCAGAAGUGGUCCGACUUAAACUGGAUGCCCAUUCCAAUUCACAAUCGUCCCACCAUUGAGGAUUCCGUCAUCGCUUUGGACAAACCUUGUGACAAAUACGACAAAUUGUUCAAAAAAUUAUUGAAGAACGACCACUUUCAACAGGUGGACGAAGAUUACAAGGAAAUCUACGAAUAUUUAACCGAGAACUCGGGAACCAAGACGAAAACUUUGAAGAAGGCGAAGAAGCUGUACACGACGUUGGCCAUUGAGGCGCAGAGGAACAUAACUCUUCCGGCUUGGACCCAACAGGUGUUCCCAGAACCUUUAAAAACGAUGACCGGUUUAAGCCUUCAAAGUUACGUCUAUACAGACAAAUUGAUUCGUUUGAGAAUCGGGCCAUUCUACCACGAACUUAUUGGUAACUUUAGAAAGGCUACUGAGGGUGUAACGAAGGUCAAAAUGUGGCAGUUUUCGGGCCACGAGAAGAACGUGGUCGCCGUUUUGGCAGGUUUGAAGGCUUUGAAGCCACACGUUCCCCAAUUCGCAAGUACCGUUAUCUUUGAGUUGAAGAGGAACAACGGGGAGUAUUAUAUAGAGGUUUAUUACAAGCAUGGGGAUGAAUUGGAGAGGAUUCAAGUUGGUGGGUGCGACUUGGAGUGUCCGUUUGAUGAUUUUGUUCAAGUCAUGGAAGAGGUCACAAUUGAUCCUUCGACUUGGGACAAAGAAUGUGCAGAUUAGUCUUGUCUGUUUCAUGUUCUCAAAUUAAGAAUAAAACACUAUUUAUGUA